CUACGGCGCCAUAUUGCUGGGCUGUAGCACGUGGCGAUUUCUCCGUGAAAAUCGGUGAAAAUCGCGGUGAAUUCCAUCAGACGACACCUAGGAGGAGUGCAUAAUGGCGAAGACUAAGGUGCCACCCUCCACGAAGGGCGCCGACAAGACUGUUGCUGGCAGAAUCCAGAAAGACAAGGAGAAGAACUCCAUGCGAGACAUCAAAAUCCGCAAACUCUGUCUUAACAUUUGCGUCGGAGAAUCUGGAGAUAGGCUCACCCGUGCCGCCAAGGUGUUAGAACAGCUCACCGGACAGAACCCCGUCUUCUCGAAAGCUCGCUACACGGUCCGAUCUUUCGGUAUCCGACGUAACGAAAAAAUCGCUGUCCACUGUACGGUGCGUGGCGUGAAAGCCGAGGAAAUCCUCGAGAAAGGUCUCAAAGUCCGAGAAUACGAACUCCGCAAGGACAUGUUCUCCGACACAGGCAACUUUGGUUUCGGUAUCCAGGAGCACAUCGAUCUUGGAAUCAAGUACGAUCCUUCGAUCGGUAUCUACGGUCUUGAUUUCUUCGUUGUCCUCGGCCGUGCCGGAUACAACGUUCCUCACCGGAGGAAGAAGACUGGAAAAGUUGGAAUCCAGCACCGACUCACGAAAGAAGAAUCGAUCAAGUGGUUCCAACAGAAGUACGACGGAAUCAUCCUGCCCCCCAAGAAGAAGUAAACUCGAUCGUUGCUUCGAUAAAAUAAGGACGUUCUGUCGCACGA